AUGGCUACCGAGAGCACAACCGCCUUCUGGGCGAAGACCGACAAGUAUCUGAUGUCAACGGGCGUCCCUUACUCUCCCGUUAUCAUCACGAAAGCUAAGGGCACGAAGCUAUACGAUGCUGAAGGUCGCCAAAUCUUGGACUUCACGUCUGGUCAAAUGAGCUCUCUGCUGGGCCAUUCACAUCCGGAAAUCGUGGAGGUCGUUCAGAAAUAUGUCGCUGAGCUCGACCACCUGCUCAGUAACAUGAUCACUCAACCAGUUGCUGAUCUCGCCGAGAGAUUGGGCAAGCUGCUGCCCUUUCCCUUGGAAAAGUCCUUCUUCCUCAACACUGGUUCAGAAACAACAGAAGCCGCCAUCAAGAUGGCAAAGCUCCACACCGGCAAAUUCGAAAUCGUCGCCAUGUCCGCAAGUUAUCACGGCCUCACAUCAGGUUCCGGUUCCGCAACAUAUUCCGCCGGCCGAAAGAACGGCGGUCCUGCAAUGCCGGGCCAGCUCGCAUUCCCCGCACCUUACGCCUACCGUUCCAUCUUCCGCACUGCCGACGGCGCCUACGACUGGGAGAAGGAGAUGGACUUUGGUUGGUCUAUGAUUGAUAGGCAGAGCGUUGGCUCUCUGGCUGCAUUCAUUAUGGAGCCCAUCCUCUCCACCGGCGGCAUCCUUGACCUGCCCAAGGGCUACCUCAAGCGUCUAGGCGAGGAGUGCAAGAAGCGUGGCAUGUUGCUUAUUCUCGACGAGGCGCAGACAGGUGUAGGCCGUACUGGCCAAAUGUUCGCGUUUGAGCACGACAAUACCGUCCCGGACAUUCUUUGCCUGUCCAAGACUCUGGGAUGCGGCCUACCUCUGGCAUCUGUCAGUACGACCGCCGCGGUCGCGCAAGGGUGCAAAGACGCCGGCUUCCUAUGGCUGACGACGCAUCUCAACGACCCUCUUACAGCCGCAGUUGGCAACAAGGUCCUCGAGAUUGUGGAGCGAGACAACAUUUGCCAGCGCGCUACUGAUCGCGGAGAACAGCUUCGGGCCGGUCUCUUGAAGCUUCAGGAGAAGUACUGGUGCAUUGGCGAUGUCCGCGGACGCGGCCUGCUUCAGGGUAUCGAGAUUAUUUCUGAUGCUAAGACGAAGGCACCUGGAUCAGAUCUUGGUCAGGCCGUGUCCGAUAGGGCGAUGUUCUUGGGACUGUCGUGUAACGUUGUUAAUCUGCCGGGUAUGGGCGGUGUUUUCCGGCUGGCACCUCCUGUGACUGUGGACGCGGAUGAGAUCGAGGAAGGUUUGAGGAUACUGGAUGAGGCUUUCGGCUAUGUUUUGGACCAACGAGAGAAGACGAUCCCCGUAGUAUGA